AUGGCCGUCCCCAACCUCAGCCAGGAUGAGCUCGAUGAGAUAUAUGCUUUCGCCGUGGACCUUGGCCGCAAGGCGGGCGACCUGUUAAUGGAGCGUGUGGAGCUGCGUAUCUCUGGUGGUGAGGGCAAUUCGCAGAAAUUUGAUGAGAAGGAGAGCUCCGUCGAUAUCGUGACGCAGACAGAUGAGGAUGUGGAAUUAUUUAUUCGCAAUGCGCUCCAGAGCAGAUACCCCGACCACAAAUUCUUGGGCGAAGAGACCUACGCCAAGGGGUCGUCGCGCGACUACCUUAUUGACGAGCACCCAACAUGGUGCAUCGAUCCUCUAGAUGGCACCGUCAAUUACACCCACAUCUUCCCCAUGUUCUGCGUCUCCAUCGGCUUCAUAGUAAACCACAAGCCCGUCAUUGGUGUGAUAUACGCCCCUUUCCAAAACCAGCUCUUCUCGUCCUGCACUGGCCGAGGUGCCUGGCUUAACGAGAAGCGCCGGCUCCCCCUCAUCCAGAAGCCUUCCAUCCCACCCAUGCCCGCGAAUGCACCCUCGCAGUGUAUUUUCUCUUGCGAAUGGGGUAAGGACCGUCGCGAUAUUCCCGAUGGCAAUAUGCAUCGCAAGAUUGAGAGCUUUGUCAACAUGGCUGCGGAGCUGGGCUCGCGUGAGGGCAAGGGUGGUAUGGUGCAUGGAAUGAGGAGCUUGGGUAGUGCGACGCUGGAUCUGGCUUACACAGCUAUGGGGUCUUUUGAUAUCUGGUGGGAAGGUGGUUGUUGGGAGUGGGAUGUUGCUGCUGGAAUUGCUAUUCUUCUUGAAGCUGGCGGACUCGUCACUACGGCUAACCCGCCCGAAGACGUGGACACAGCGCCCAUUGAAGAUAUGCGACUGGGUAGCCGACUUUAUCUGGCAAUCAGACCUGCUGGGCCCUCGGAGACCGAGACUGGUCGGGAAACACAGGAGCGUACUGUGCGUGAAGUCUGGCGGCGGGUCCGCCACUUGUCGUACACUCGGCCCGGUGCGUAA